GGCUGAAGUCCUUCAUUUACAGACCGUGUAAAGUUCAUUGAACGUGUGCUGAGCAGUCUGCAGCUCACAGCUGACUCUGCAGCAGCAGGACCUGAGCUCAGCAGAACCGAGCCUGCAGACACUCCGUCACACCCUGCGGAAAACAGCUGCACAAAACAGAAGAUGGAGAUUUCAUUCACUGGGAAACACGCUCUGGUCACCGGAGCAGGAAAAGGAAUUGGCAGGGACUUGGCUUUGGCUCUGGCACGCUGCGGGGCAAAGGUUACAGCAGUCACGCGAACACAGGCUGAUCUGACCAGUCUGGUCCAGGAGUGCUCAUCCAUCACACCGGUCUGCGUAGACCUGGCAGACUGGGAGGCCACAGAGGCCGCUCUGAAGGAUAUCGGCCCCAUCGAUCUGCUGGUGAACAAUGCUGCUUGUGCCAAGCUGCAGCCAUUCCUUGAGGUCACACAGGACCAGUUUGAACAAUCAUUCAGUGUGAAUGUGAAAGCUGUGCUGCAGGUGUCACAGAUUGUGGCUCGUGGUAUGAAGGCUCGAGGGUCUGGAGGCUCCAUCGUCAACGUGUCCAGCCAGGCCUCACAGUCUGCUGUCAAAGACCACGCCGUCUACUGUGCCACAAAAGGAGCAGUGGACAUGCUGACUAAAGUAAUGGCUCUGGAGCUGGGACCUUACCAGAUCCGUGUGAAUGCUGUGAACCCUACAGUGGUCAUGACACAGAUGGGUCGUCUGGGCUGGAGUGACCCAGAGAAAGCCAAAACCAUGAUGUCCCGUAUCCCCCUUGGACGCUUUGCAGAGGUGGAGGACGUGGUGAACACUAUAUUGUUCCUGCUGAGCGAUAAGAGCAGCAUGAUUACCGGAGUCACCCUGCCGGUGGAUGGAGGCUUCCUGGCUUGCUAACUUCAUUCCACAAUAAUGGAAAACCUGCAAUUUUUAAAACUCUUUUUUUAUUUUACUUACUAAAUAAACUUGCCAAUUGCCAA